AUGAACUUCACGCGUUGUCCGGUUAAGACUUCAAUGCAGGAAAAGUAUCGGAGAGUGGUCGUUCGUGGUGUUGGCUUAGUGUCGUGUCUCGGUGUGUCAGUAGCCGAAACAUGGGGCCGCCUUUUGAGGAAUGAGUGUGGCCUGAGGCCUCUUGAAGGUAACGCCUAUGACCCGUUAAGAUUUGCGCUUGUGGGAUUCAAUGGGCCAUGCCGUGUAGGCGGAUCAGUUUCUGAUCAAGCUAUUGAUGAGCGAUGGCAGGAGCUAGAGAAUGAUCAGGCUUCAUUGCCGGGCCUUGCAGGGCGAACUGAUCGACGGUCCAUGUCUCGUGCUUGUGUCCUUGGUAUACUCGCUGCCCAUGAAGCUCUACAACAAUCUGGAUGGCUUCCAGAUCACAAUAGCUCAUCGUGUGACUCCUCUAGACUCAACCAAAUCAGCUUUCGUGCAGGGACAUACUUCAGUACGGGUAUGGAGGGUGUAAGUGAGAUCCUGCGCUCACAGGCCCUCAUGGAUGAACGCGGAUACGCCGGAAUGGGUGCCCACGUGUUGCUCCGCACUCUUGGUAAUAUGCCGGCGGCACAUAUAAGCCGUGCUUGGGGUCUCCGUGGCCCGGCCAUGACUUGCAAUACAGCCUGUGCGUCCGGCCUACAUUCUGUGGGCGAAGCAUUUCGAAUGAUACAGCAUGGAGAAGCAGAUAUGGUACUGACGGGGGCCUGUGAAGCGCCCCUAAAUUCCUGGAUACUGACUGCAUUUUCACGCAUUCGUGCUCUGUCGCUUGAACCAGACGCACAGCGAGCCUCCAGGCCCUUCGAUGCAGCUCGUGACGGCUUCGCCAUGGCCGAGGGUGCUGCAGCCAUGGUCCUCGAGGCUUGGCCUCUCCCCGGCUCUCCUUCAUGCCAACCACCCAUCGCAGAAAUCCUCGGGUUUGGCCGAUCCUCCGACGCCUAUUCACUAGUCUCCCCAGAACCAACUGGCGAUGGCGCCUUCCGUAGCAUGAAGGCCGCCCUUGAUGACGCACGUAUCGACUCUCUCACUGAUCUGGGACACAUAAAUUGCCACGCAACUUCAACGCCUGCGGGGGACACGACUGAAUUGGCGGCAAUAGCCAGGCUGUUUGCGGCUUACGGAACGCAGCAUCACCAGACUCAGGUCCAAGUUAACUCGGUAAAGGGUCACUUAGGCCACAGCCUGGGGGCAGCUGGUGCCCUAGAGGCCGUCUACUGUGCUUUAGCUGCUAAACACGGCAUCUGCGUGGCCAAUAGAAAUCUGGAAAGGCCCCCCUCACCCGAUGAGAUCGCCAGGGUGCUUGAACGCACCACCAAGAAGGAUGAGGCCAAAGAAAUAUCUGAAAUGAUGUUUGAGAAAAUCUCCUUUGGAGCUGAACCCAACUGGGUUAGAAAAGGAGGACGCAGGAGACUGGUCCUGACUAAUUCCUUCGGCUUUGGAGGCACGAACGCGAGCCUUGUUCUCUCCAACUGGGUGGAUUAG